UAGAAAUUUUUCUCGGUGUAUGCUUUUGUGCUUCUGCUUCGCGGUCCAAAAAUAUUUUGUUAAUAUUUUAUCCGUUGCCUUCCGUGGAUAAACAAUCCUAUCGUCACUUCAUCGGCUCAUACUUUUUAAAAUUUUUAAUUUGUUUGGUUUGUUGAGUCAAUUAGUUUGACCCUUGAUUGCUUGAUUGCAUAAUCGCACACAUCUCGGCUACGGUCAUUAUCGCACGCCAUUGAACUCUGGGAAAAAUGUUGCUUCGAAACGUUCAGCGAAACGUGCCGUUGGUCACCCGUGCCAUGUCUUCCGGCGCCGAACGUACCGUCAUCUGCGAAGAUGUCGGCAAAAAUGCCGGUUUGAUCACGCUGAACCGGCCGAAGGCACUGAAUGCCAUCAACUUGGACAUGGUUCGGCAGAUCUACGGAGCGAUGAAAAGCUGGCUGGAUAAGAAGGGCCUGGUAGUCAUCAAGGGAGCCGGUGAGAAGUCUUUCUGUGCCGGAGGCGAUGUACGAGCCGUAGUCGAAAAUGGACCGGUGGAUUCGUCGAGGAACUUCUUCCGAGAGGAGUAUCGUCUGAAUGCGUUGAUUUCCGGAUACAAACCGGACUACGUGGCCAUUGUGGACGGAAUUACGAUGGGCGGUGGCGUGGGGUUGUCGGUUCACGGAAAAUACCGGGUGGCCACCGAGCGAACUAUGUUUGCCAUGCCUGAGACCGCCAUCGGUUUGUUCCCGGAUGUCGGAGGCGGACAUUUCCUGCCACGAUUGCAAGGCAAGCUGGGUCUCUAUCUUGGACUGACCGGCUUCCGAUUGAAGGGGAAAGAUGUAACGAAAGCCGGAAUCGCCACCCAUUACGUGGAGAGUAAGGAUCUCGAGGCGCUGGAAAAGGAACUGGUCGCAACCACUAAUAGCGCAGAAGUUGCAGCAGUCCUGAACAGAUUCAACGUUAAAGAUACUGCGGAAUUCGUCCUGGCCAAGAAUAUGUCACAAAUCAACCAGUGCUUCAGCGGUCCAACGGUCGAGGCCAUUGUGGCCAACCUCGAAAAGGACGGAAGCGAAUGGGCUCAGAGCACGUUGAAAACGCUCUCGAAAAUGUCUCCCACUUCCAUGAAGGUGACCAAGAAGCAACUGGACCUCGGGGCCAACUGUGAUCUGCGCAGUUGCCUGAAAAUGGAAUUCCGAAUGGCCGUUCACAGUGUCAUCAAGAGUGACUUCAAAGAGGGAGUUCGCGCUAUGUUGAUCGAUAGAGACCAGAGCCCCAAGUGGGACCCGGCCACGCUGAAUGAAGUUACGGAGCAACAGGUGGACCGGUUUUUCGGACCGCUACCCGACGGCGAUGAGCUGGUGUUUGAGGACGAGAAGAAAGCCAACUUGUGAACAUAGUCAUGGGUGAUGUUUAUGAGGUGAAAAGGGGGAAAGUUCUAUCCAAGUGCAUUUACUAGACUUAGGUAAGUUUUUGUGAACUCCGGCUCUAUUAGUCUGUUCCAUAAACUGACAAUCGUGGUGAAGGGAAUAAAAUUCCCAAAAUUUGCGUGUGCCGUAUAACUUGCAUACUAUAAAAAAGUGUAGUUUUAAUC